GACAUUGACAAUCUAACUUUAUAAACUGGUGCAUAAAAACCUCGGGUUUGUUUUGUUUUAGUUUAAAAGUAAUUUUUAAAUGGCACACUUGAGUACUGCUGAUGAACACGCUAUAUACGCAAAGCUAGAAGCACUUAAAGAAAUAAGAGGCAAAACUAUUCACCUAGAAAAAUUGAAAGCUAGAUUCAUUUGCGAAAUUGAAGCUCAAGACCAAGAAGAAAAAUGUUUAUCAGAAUACAAACAAGAAAUGGAAUUAUUACUUCAAGAAAAAAUGUCACACGUAGAAGAAUUAAGACAAAUUCACGCUGAUAUCAAUGCUAUGGAAGGAAUCAUAAAGCAAGCAGAAGAGAGUAAAACUCGUUCGAUGACAUCGGCAGUUCGUAUACACGAAGAAUACGUACCUUUAAAGCACGAAGUCGACAGAUUACGAAGGGAUUGUUUAGGAUUAGGUCGACUUCCCGAAUUACACGAAGAAGAAGGAUCCGGUAUCACUCCCGAAAAAGUAACGCAACUUUACAACCAAACGAAACCGCACACUUCUUCUGUGUUUGCGAAAACUAUCGAUUGGAAUAGGCCUUUGGGUCACGCUAAUAAUAUAAUAGGAUCGAUGGGACCGCCUCCGAUACCUCCGACGUUUCUACCGCCGCCGAAUCCCCUCAGGUUGGUGUCGAAUAAACCUGAUCAUCAUCGAGUUGGAGGAUUGGCUGCGUCGCCGCAUCCUGGUCCACCGACUCCUACCUUCAGACAGCAACCGCCGCCGAUGAAAUCGUGUCUAAGUUGCCAUCAACAGAUACACAGGAAUGCGCCGAUAUGUCCGUUAUGUAAAGCGAAAUCUAGAUCUCGCAAUCCAAAAAAACCGAAAAAGAAAGAUUUGCGUUAGACUUUUUCAAUUUUUGACUAAUCUAGUAAUUUAUUUUGAAAAUUCAAUAAUUUGAAAAAAAAGUAUAGGAACCUUUUUUUCCAACAUUAAAAGUUCAAUAAAUCCAUCAAAAUUUACGUGGUUCAUGCCGAACUUACACUAUUUCUCCUCCUUUUUUUUAUUUAUUCUGAUUAGACACAUUCAAAAUUUUGUAACUCCAAAUUUAAGAAAAGAAAAUGUUGGAAAAAAUAUCUCUACUUUCAACUACGGAAUUGUAAAUUUAUUAUUUAAAAUUGUGUGAGUCGUGUUAGGUAUUUUUAUAAACCCUUGAAAAAAAACCGAAUAUUUCAUAUUACAAACUGUAUAAAUUAACGUUAUGCACUUCAAAUUCCCCCGACUAUCUAAAAAAGUUCGAAAUUUUCUAGCAAUUUUGAUUAUUUCAAUCAAAUUGUCAAAUUCUACGCCUUCUCGUAGAUUCUAAUUAAUUUCGAAGACAUAGACGGUUCAUUAUCCGUAUCCGGUUUAUCCGCUACGUGUGUUACAGUCCUUAGUAUUAGAGGAUCGGUUCAUUAACUCGCCAAUUGUGUAACGGUCUUUAAUAUUGAAAAAAUUGGUAAUUAUCCUCUGCCGAACGACUCAAUACGUGUGUAACGAGCCUUAAUAUCAUAUAUAUUUCGUUAACCGUGUGUAACGGUCAUUAAUAUUGAAAUAUAUUUGCUGGGCCACUUAAUACGUGUGUAUCGAGCCUUAAUAUCAUAUAUAUUUCAAUAUUUCGUGUAUAAUGGCCUAUAACUUCAAACAAAAUACUUUUAAUAACUCGCAAAGUGUGUAACGGUCCUUAAUAUUGAAAUAAUUGGUAACUAUCCUCUGCCGGACGACUUAAUACGUGUGUAAUGAGUUUUAAUAUCAUAUAUAUUUCGAUAUUUCGUGUAUAAUGACCCUUAACUUCAAACAAAAUAAGUUUAAUAACUCGCAAAGUGCGUAAAGGCCAUUAAUAUUGAGAAAAUUUGUAAUAUACUCGAUCCCGUGGUGCCCUUUAAGUCAAUUUUGUCAGUCAGGGCGUUUAGCAGCUCAGCUCUACUCCCGAAGACAAGUUCGAAGGGUGUAUAGUCAUGAUAUAUACUGGGGGUCGUAUUGUAACAGAAACUAUAAAAUUUUAUCCAUUUGUCCCAGUCAGUGUGUGUAUCGUUAACGUACAUCCUAACAUACUCGUUGAGUACCCGAUGAUUUCUUUCACAGCCACCUGUACUCUGGGGAUGGUACGCGGUGGAGAAUUUUUGUUCGAUAUUAAGUAGUCUGCAAACUUGUUCUAACACUUCGUUUUUGUACUCCCUUCCCAUAUCAGUCCUUAUCUCGCGCAAAGGACCGUAAAUUAAAAUCAAGGUUUCAACUAUGGCCCGUGCGAUAGUUAAGGCAUCUUUAUUGGGUACCGGUGUUAUAACAAUAUAUUUUGUCAAUUCGCAUUGAGCUGUAACCGCGUAACAAUUUCCGUCCGAUGUCUUAGGAAAUGGUCCUAUGGUGUCUAUACACGUAAUAUCGAAUGGCCGUUGAGGCGUCGGUGUGAGUACCAUCGGUUCCCUAUGGCCAAUUUUACUUUUAUUCAUGUGACACUUUUGGCAUGAUUUGACAUAGUUGGCUACGUCUUCUUCUUCUUCUUAUUUUAAGACUGUGUCUUGUGUUUUCAAAGAGGCAGCCUAAGUUGUGACUGCGAGGACCAGCUCUCAUACCAGCGCUUUGGUGGUCUUCCAGGCGGUCUACUUAUAUUGGGUCUCUCUUCCUUUGCGAUUUUCGCCAGUCGAUCGUUGUUCAUUCUAUUGACAUGAUCUCUCCAUGCUCUUCUUCUAGUUCUGGCCCAUCUCACUAUAUCCGGAACGUCACACAUUCUUCUAAUUUCAUUGCUCCUUAUUCUGUCUCUUAGUGUUUUCCCUGUGAUUGAGCGUAAUGUCUUCAUCUCGGUCGUUCUAAUAAUCCGCUUAGUAGUUGUAGUCUCCGCCCUCGUUUCUAUGGCGUAUGUCAUUACUGGUCUGACACAAGUUUUAUAUAUCCGUGUUUUGCUUUCGAUACGUAAAAAUUUAUUCCUCCAUAUCACGGUUCGAAGGAAUCCUGAUAUCCUAGAUGCUGCUGUUGUUUGCGUUUUGACUUAUUGUUUCAAGUUCCUAUUGCUCGUGAUGUUAACCCCUAAAUAUUUAAAAGACAUAACCUGUUCUACACUUUUAUUAUAAAUUGCCAGUUUGCAUCUUCUUGGUUCUCUCGCUAUUGUCAAGGAUUGUGUCUUUUGUUUCGAUAUGAUCAUAUUGAAUUUUCCUGCAACUGUUUCAAAUCUGUGUAGCAGUUUUUGCAGAUUAUCCUCAUCUUCGGAUAUCACAACCGCGUCAUCAGCGUAGCAAACUCAUGUUUUCCCAUUCUGUAUCCUAUGCCUGCCGUUUUGAUUUCUUUUAUGAUUUCGUCCAUUAUAAUGUUGAAGAGUAUAGGGCUGAGACUAUCUCCUUGUCUGAUCCCUGUUGAUACUGGCAUUUUACUGGAGAGUUCGUUGUUUACUCUUACAUAUGUGCUAUUUCCGUUGUUCAUGUCCCGAAUGAUGUCUAUUGUCCUUUGGUUUACGCCUCGUUUUUUUAGUAGCUCAAUGACGUCAUGUAAUCUCACUCUGUCAAAUGCUUUUGUUAAGUCUAUGAAGCACAUAAACGCGGUGUUAUUGUACUCUAUGGCCUUUUCGGCAAUCUGUCUUAAGAUGAAUAUAGCGUCUAUGGUUGAUCUAUUUUGUCUAAAUCCCUGUUGUUCUUCGCUCAUGCCGCUACUUGAGAUUUCUUCUGCAAUAAUUUUUGUUAGUAAUUUUGAAGUCGUGCUUAGGAGGCUGAUCCCUCUAUAAUUAUUUGGAUCUUUCUUUUCCCCUUUUUUAAAGACGGGGAUCGUUAUGCUUACUUUCCAUUCCUCUGGUACUUUUCUCUGGUCGUAUAUCUUGUUGAACAUGACAUGCAUUUGGUCUAUUAAUUCAUUGCUACCAUAUUUAAGAAGCUCGUUAUUAAUGUUAUCCAGCCCUGGUGAUUUCCUAUUUUUCAUCUUGCGCAUUGUUGCUUCAAUUUUGUCUUUUGAUAUUAAUUGUUGUUGGAUGUCUUCUCCUUCCCCAGAUAUAUUUUCUUGUUUCUGUUCUGUGGAUUGGCUUGUUAUUAUGUCACCGUAGAGUUCAUGGAAAUACCUUUCCCAUUCUUUUAACGUUAUUGUUUUCGUGUGGAUACGACUACGUCCUUAGACAUAUUUUUCCAACGAAACUUAGUCCUAAUUUUCUUUAAGAGUCGCUUCUGCCCGCAAUGACCACCAAGGAGUGGAUGAUCAUGGUACUCUGCGACAUUUUUUUCUUUUUCGGCUUUAUUUGUGAUAAUUGUAGGUUCAUCAUAUAGUACUAUAUUCAAAUUUUUCAACAUAGUUUCGCCCUUUUAUUUAAAAUCAUUAAUUGUACACAUAGUAAAUAUAGAAUCCUUAAUUUUUAAUUUUAAUUUCUUAAUGUUAUUUUUGCUAGCUAGAAUUUCAAGCUGAAACAACAAUUUUGCCAGAGAAAAGUUGUCGUUAACAAAAUGUAUUGUUUCUGUAGCGCUGAUUUUGUCCUUUUGAUCCAGAAUUACUCUAAGAUAAUCUGGCUUAACAGUAAAUUUUAAAUAAGGGAUAUUAAUCGUUAUAAAAUUGUCGGUGGUUUGAAACACUUGAUCUAUUAUUUUGUGGGCUAGUUUUUUCGGCAAUGGUCGAAUUUGUAUCUGGAGUACGCUUUGUCAUUGAACGAGUUAUAGCGAAAAUUUUUGUAGAUGUGGCAGAGAUGUUUUUAAGAUCUUCGACGUGAAUACGAGAUAAGGCAUCUGCGCCUUCAUUAUCCUCACCUUUAAUGUAUUCUACCUCAAAGUCGUACUCUUCUAAGUUUAGACGCAUACGUGUUAAUUUGGGAGAGGGAUCUUUCAUAGUAAAUAAAUAAACGAGUGGUUUAUGGUCCGAUCUUAAUAAAAAUUUAUAGCCAAAAAGAUAUGGCCUAAAAUACUUAAUUACCCAGUGCAUAGCAGCCAAUUCUUUCUCAAUUGUGGCCUUGUUAAUUUCGCCUUUUGUAAAAGACCUCGAUGCAUAGGCGAUUGGUAGUUCGACUUCAUUAAAAUUUUGUUAAAGAAUUGCUCCACAGGCCUGUUUGGAGGCAUCCGUGGUUAAGAUAAAUUGUUUUCCAAAGUCGGGGUAUUGCAGAAUUUGAGGUUCUAAAAGGUAACUUUUUAGCUUUAAAAAGGAGUUUAGGCACUUUUCGGUCCAAACAAAUUUCGAAUUCUCUUUUGUUAAUUUGUUAAGUGGAACUGCUAACUCGGCAAAAUUUUUAAUAAAGCGUCUAUAAUAAUUUAAGAAGGCAAUGAACCUUUUGACCUCAUCGGCGUUUGUAGGUACUGGGUAUUUGUUUAUAAUUUCGAAUUUUGACUUGUCAGGUAAAAUUCCAUCGCUUGUAAUAGUAUGACCUAGAUAAGAAACAUUAUUUUGAAAGAAUUUACAUUUGUUUGGGUUUAGCUUAAGACAAUAUUUUCUGCAUAAAUCAAAAUCAUUUUUCAAGUUACUAAGGUGAUGACUUACAGAACAGCCUAUUACAAUGAGGUCAUCCAUGUAAAGGAAGGCUUUCUCUGGGGUUAUUCCCGAAAAUGCUAUGCUCAUCAUACGAGCAAAUGAGUUGGGAGACACCCUUAGACCGAAAGGUAACCUGGUAAAUCUGAAUGAUCCCGCAUUUGUACUAAAUGAAGUUAUGUUGCGCGAAUUUUCUUGUAUUGGAACUUGAUGAAAACCGGCUUUUAAGUCUAAAGUGCUGAAAUAUUUUGCCCUUCCUAACCGAUCUAGAAUAUCAUCUAUCAUUGGUAAAGGAAACUUAUCAGCCACUAAUUUUUUAUUGAGCAACCUGUAGUCCACAACUAGUCGCCAUUUUUUAUCUCCGUUAUCAGAUCUUUUGGGCACUAGUAAAAUGGGACUAUUGUAAUUGGAAAUAGAGGUUUCGAUAAUCGAGUCUUUUAAUAUUUUUGAUAUUUGUUUAUUUACCUCUGAAAUUUGAGAGUGAGGCAUUCUAUAAUUUUUAACAUAAACUGGACUUUGGUCAGUUAAUUUAAAUUGCUGUUUAUAAAAAUUAUUAAUUGUUAGACUAUCAUUCUCCAAACAAAAAAUAUCGUUAUAUUCCUGACAUAGAUUUACCGUUUCGGCUUUUGCAAAGUCAGGGAUUUCACAAUGUAAUUCCUUCAAUAAUAACUUAUUACGCUGGUCAUCGGCAUAUUUCUGUGAUACAUGUAAUAUGUUAAAAUUUUGCAGAUUUUCAGUUUCAAUUUUAAAGUUUUUAAUUGUCACACUUUCCAAUGUCGUAUUUAAGACUUUAACAAAUGGGCUGCUCGGGGACGCAAUACUGUGGCUAUAAAAACUCCAGGGGCCAAUUCUUGGUUUGAGAUAACUACGUCCGAUUUUAGAUUACAUAAUUGCUCUGCUUUUCUUAUAACUUCGCAACGAGGUGGAAUAAUAAGAGUAUCGUCAUAUGGGCUAUUAAAAAUUGGCAAAAUUAUUUGGUUAUUAUGAAUCUGCACCGAAAUAGUCCAAUUUUCGUAAUCUAGUAUACAUUUAUAUUUAAUAAUGAAGUCCUUUCCUAGUAUACCAUCUACAGGGAUUGGAAAAUCAUUUUCAACUACAUGAAAAAUAUGAUAUACCGAGAAGCCGUUAAGAAAAACUUUUGUACUGGUGGAUGCAAUGGAACUUGUAUAGCCUUUGGUAACCCCUUUUAUUCGGAUGUUAUGUGUCCUAUUGACUAUUUGCUCAGUCUCUUUUGAAGAUAGUUAUGUCCGCCCCUGUGUCAAUAAGCAAAGUAACAUCACGGUUACCUGUCAUUUGGGUUUUAAUAACUAAGAAAUUAGAAAGUGAGAGGUCCACGUUAAAUAUAUUUACUGAUUCCCCAAGGGACACUGUUGGGGAAACUCUAUGUUUUCCUGCUGAAACCUAGAGCCGUCAGGUUCUCAAACAUAUUCUCUAAUAUAUCUACCGCCUGUUCCUCUCGCUCUAGAAUAACUACGGUUAAAUCUAUUACUUUUACUCCUAAAGUUUCUGCCAGGCCCGCCCGGAGGAUUUCUGGGGCCCGGGGCAAAAGCUGUCUCGGACCGAGAAAGCUUUUGCCCCGGGCUCUCCGAGACUCUCGGUGGGCCCUGUUUACAUUUGGGUCUGAUGGUGCUGGGGAGGGGAUGGGGAUCAUUAUGCGAAAAAGAAAUUUUUUUGCCAAUUGAUUUUUUAUUUUUUUAGUCGCAUAAUUAUCGAAAUUUCAUUACUCCAAUGAAUCAUAAUCAAAAUCGAACAUAUUUCAAAUAAUGUUUUAACUUAAAGGUUGCUAUUAAUAAGCACCUAUUUUUUGUACUUUAUUAGUUACUAGGUUUUUAUUGAAAUUUACAUUUUUGUCUCUAUAUAUCUCGAGCGCUGACUAGGAUUAUUUCAUUUCAUUGAGAAAGCAACUCUAUUGAUAUAUAUAUCUCUUCUAAAUGAGAAAUCGAAAACAUCCCCUGAUGAGGUCACAGUCAGCGUUCGAAAUAUAUACGGAAAACAAUGUUUAAUUUAAUUAUUAAAAAAGAUUGCAAAGUACAACUUAGAGAAGAACAACCAAAAAAUUUUAAGGUAUGUAAAUAUUUAAAAGCUGCUUAUUUUCAAAGAAACAUAUACAGACCAAAACAUAAAUUUUUAGUUAUUGGUGUUAUUUUUUAUUCUAGAUUAAAUCUAUACAAAUAUAUUAAUGAAUUGAAAAAAUUAGUGGAAAAGUUAGUGCCAGAACCGGGAAUUGCCGAAUUUAAAUAUAAUAUAUAUUUAAAUAUAUUUUAAUUAAAAUAUAAAUUUUUAGAUUUGAUUAAAAAUUCAAAGGGUGAAUAACAUAAUACAUAUAAGUUUAAAGUAGAAUUUUAUUUACAGCAAAAAUAAUGAUAAAAGAAGCAAAACAAAUUCAAAUUAAUAUACACUGCAUUUAUCUAUAAUUUGACUUUUAUUGCCUUUAAUCUGGCAAAAUCCUCUAUCACUUCAUCAAAACUGAUUUUUCUUACUAUAUCAUGUUCAAUACUUAAUAUCAUUGAGUGGUUAAGUCUAUCUUCUCUCAUUGCAGAUCUCAGCCUGUUUUUUAUGAGCGCCAUUUUGCUGAAGGCUCUCUCACCAGUUGAAACUGAAACUGGUAUUACAGCUAGUAACCGUAAGCAGAUGCAAAUUUGCGGUAAUAUAUGUUCAAGGCCUUUUUUGGUAAAUGUUGUUCAAAAUAUCAACUGCACAGUUCAAGUUUCCUUCUCCUGAGUUGAUCACGCCAUCUUUAAGUAGCUUAAAGUAAAUGGUCAAUUCAUUUGCUAACUCAUCCUUUGUAAGAUCUCGUGGGUAUCCGUUGACCAGAUCUUCUGCUACACCCUCAACAUGGAGUUGAUUAAGUUGUAACGUGUUUUCGGUAGGAUAUAUGAUCGGUGUGAAUACAUCAGACAAUUCUUUCAUCUUCUCAGUUAUUGAUUUCAUUUCCAAAGAGAGCAAAUCUAUGGACGGCAAAAAAACUUCCACUUUGAACCGAUCUGUCACGUUGAAGCUAUGGUCAGGUACCUCCGAAUCAUCAAAAAAACGUUUUCUUUUUUCUCCCUCUUGUCGGCUUAAAUUCAGGCGAUAUUAGGAAGGUCGACGCAAUUGACUUGGACUCUUCCAAAAACUUAUCCCAACUACUCCUUAUAGUUGCAAUGUCCGAAAUUAAGCCUUCCAUUAUUUUUGCAGAGUCCUUUACGGUAAUCUUUGAAUUUUGUAAGACUUUAUUCCUUUCAUCGAUCACUUUCAAAGUUUUAUACCAAAUUGUGGUAAAUAAAACAAAUUCAAACGAGUUCAUCCAUGUAAUCAAGGCAUCAACGUCAGCCUGCGUUUCUGGUGGUAAGUUCGUUUCAUCUGAUAUGCUGACCAAAGCAUGAAUAAUGUCUUGAUACCUUUUAGUGAGGGGACGAAUCGCAUCAACUCUAGCACUCCACCUUGUGGUUGAAACUGAAUGGAGGGACACUCCGGUAGUUGUUUGCAAAAUUUUCCAUCUACUAGGACUCAUUGAAAAAGUUUUGUACAACUUUUGAACGUUGCCGAAAUAUGACUUAACUUCUGUGCUCACUUCCAUAGCAUGAACGCGACAGAGAUUUAAGGAGUGUGCGCCACAUGGAGAAAAAUAGGCUUGAGGGUUAUCAUUAAGGAUUCUCGUUUUGACCCCCUUAAACUUUCCUGACAUGUUCGAGGCAUUGUCGUAGGCUUGGCCUCUGCAUAACUGAAGAUCUAAAUGAGAAUCUUUCAAAACAAUCUUGAUCUUGUUCGCUAUGGCCUCUCCUGUUUUUUGAUCAAAGUCAGACAGCUGGAGAAAUCUUUCAUAAACACCCCAUAAACCGUCGUUUCGACUGAUGUAUCUUAUCACGAAAACUAGUUGUUCUUUGUGGGAAAUAUCGGGUGUUCCAUCAACAAUUAUACUAAAGUAUAGUGAUUCUUGAACUUCCCGAAUGAUACUUGAUUUCACUUUAUCCCCGCAGACUUUCAAAAAUUCAUUUUGGGUUCUCCGCGACAGAUAAUGAACUUGCAAUUUUUUCCCAGACUCUUUAGCUCUUGCUAAAGUUGAGAAGACGGUUUAAAGACGCAAUAUUCACUUUUCUUUGUAGGGGAACAUUUAGAAACUAAGCUGUACCUUUUGUAGGCUUAAAAAAACAAAGAACUAAACGGUUGAAAGAAAAAAAAUCAUUUCGCAAAAUAAAUAAACUGUGACAGUUUGACUGGAUCCAAGUAAAAUAUGAUUAAUUAUAAUUUAUAAUAUUAGUCUCAAACCAUCUUUUCGCAAGUAAAAUACGUUCCGGUAACUAUGCACAAAAUAUUAAAUCUAAUUGAAAUUGAAAGAGAAAUUCACUUACCUGAAAUAAUAAUACGUAUAGGUAAGUACUCGCACAAUAAAUUCCCGUCAGCUGAGGAUUAAACACUGCACACUACACAAACUGCCUGGUACUACUGACUAGUAUUUGUUUAAUGUUUACUGAGUGUUUAAAGUGGGGAUGUUAUUAACCGGCUAUUUUGUAUAAAAUUCUGAGAGCUCGAUACCUGGAUGCAGAAAACCGGAAACUAAGUUCCGUGAAAAUCCGAAGCCAAAGGCUCUUUAUGUUAAAGCCGACUCUCAAUAACUCGAACUUCGAUAAUUUGAAAUUUUUGAUAAAUCAAUGUCUUCAUCUGGUAGCUUUGGUAAAUCGAAAAAAUGCCGUGUUUGAUACUUUCAAUAACUUCAUAUGCUUAUCGUAAUUAGAGGGGGAGAGAACCUUCAAUAAAUCGAACUAGGCCGCUUCCCUAUAAUUCGCAUUUUUCCUAGAAUGUUUUCAUUCAUUUUCCGAGUUAUGAUUACCUCCUAAGCCUUUUUACUUUAUCUUCGAAAUUUUCUCUAGUUUGUCACGAUGAGUGAAAGCAACAAAUACGUUAUAACAGAACAUAAUAUAAUGUUAUUCAACAAAAUAUUAGUUUUCUAUCACUCCACAUAUAAAGUAUUGUAAUAUUUUAAAUAUUAACUUCAAAUUUGCAUCAUCAGCUUUUAAACAAUAGAGAAUUUAAAUUUAUAUUAUAAACAUCCAAUAAAUUGAUUAAAAAAAAAUAAUAAUAAUUUUUCCUUUGAUUCGGGGGCCCCUCAGCAUGGGGGGCCCGGGGCAAAGUGUCCCAUCUGCCCCCCCCCCCUGUGGGCGGCCCUGGUUUCUGCUAUAUUGGUAUUGGUUGUUGUUAGUAUAAGAUUGAUCGUGAAAUUGUCUAUUUUGAUGGCCACGAAAACGACUAUUAUGCGAAACCCUUGAACUCCUACGAUUAUUGUUAUAGUGUCCUGAAAACUGACCCCUAAAAUUUUGCCGUUCCAUGUAGAGAACACUAGCGUUAUCUUGAACAUCUAUUCCUACGAAUUUAGUUAGUACUUCACGAGUGUUAGAAAAAGUGCCUGCUUCCAUUAUUAAUUUGACUUUUUCGGACCUAGUAUUAGAUUUAAUAGCUUUGACGACCGCAUCAGUGCAAUAUAUUUCUGCUGUAUGAGCGGGUACUCCUUCACUAAUGUAAGCUCUUCUUAAACUACCUAUCAAGAUUUCAAUUUCUUCGGCGUAUUUAACAUUAUCUUUAUUUGUUUGUUUUAGGUUAAGAAGUUUAGAGUUAACUGAUUUCGAGCUUUCGGUUUUUAUAUUGUCUUUAAGUUUUUGUAUAAUUUGGGUUAAGGUCACGUCGUUGUCGGUAAUUAAGUCUCUAAAUCUACCGCUAAGUUUUGUUUUGACGUAAGCCACUGCAUUUGCCUCGUGACCUGUCGAAUUUGCAUUGAGCAGUGAUAGCGCAUCUAAAAAUAUCUGUAGCUUGUCUGCACUUCCGUCAAAUUCAUUCGAUACUAGUUUACUAGCUAAGUUAAAAAAAUCGAUAAUUGAAGUAGACAUUUUUAAGUCUUUUAAGUCUCUGUCAGGCGUCAAGUCUUGAUCUGAGUCAAAUUCAAUAGUUUCGUCUUUUAUUUCGGGGUUUAUACAUUCAAGGCAAGAGCUAGGGAUUUUAUAAUUUAUACGUAAAACUUGAAAUGAUCUAACUACCCUAUAUCUAACCUUUGAAAAUAGUUUCAAUACUAACUGUUUUUGUUUAUCAUCCAAUGACGGGAAUAUUUUCUUUACUACCUCAAUGAAUAUAUUAUAGUUAUAAAUUAAAUUUUGUAAAACUUCGUUUUUUACUCUACUUGAUUUGGGGACUAAUGUCUAUAAAAUUCUCUUAGAUUCAUUAAUUAUGAUUGUUUUUAUAUCGGAUAACCUUGUAAAGACACUCCCAAUCAGAAGGCAUAAAUUAAAAUAAUUAUAUAAAUACUACUAAAGCCCAAUAAAAUAACCUAGCACUGCUAACAAACGUAACUAAUUUUUAAAAGAUACCUAAAUUUAUUUUAAAACAGAGCGUUAUCAAAUAUGUAGCUCAGGCACUAAUAUUAUAUCAUAAAUUUUAAUUAAUUAUAUAUAGUUUAUAUUUGUUCAAAAAGAAUUCUGAAAUGUGAUAAAUUGUCCAUCCGUCAACGUUCCAUAAAAAAUACUAGAAUCAUAUACCAGCUCCAGCGUUGCGUUGUGCAGAAUCUCUUUUUUUUUGCCUGGGAUUAUUAUCUAAGUAUACUGCUACUCCUUGUACGAUGUAUUGCCACCCCGGUUGCUACUGGUCCACACUCUCCAUCUGACACUUCCGUUAAACAUCAGCGGUAGUGGCCUGUGAUCUUAAAACCAUACUUCGCGAAAUGUCUCGUUUUAAACCUCUGCGGUAACCGUUUCUAAGCUGUAGUCCUACUAUAACUAGCAAACUGAACGUAAUAACGUACAUAAGCACCCUUAUGUCGGUAGGCAUUUGCAAAAGGUCAUCUUCCACAAUGAAGUUAGAAUUGACUACACCACUGCUCGCAACUUCACUUUCUUUAGAGUUUUUAGUACCCAUUUCGAAUUGGAAAAAAGUCACUUAAGUUCACUUUUAACAUUCAUCUGAGAACUUUCCCGAACACGCGUAACUACGAGCAUCUCAUACGCGUCCUUAAUAUUGACCAAAUAGGUAACUACCCUCAGCCGGACUCAAUACGUGUGUAACGAGCCUUAAUAUCAUAUAUAUUUCGAUAUUUUCGUGUAUAGUGGCCCUUAACUUCAAACAAAAUACGUUUAAUAACUAGCAAAGUGUGUAUGGUCCUUAAUAUUGAAUAAAAUAUAUAUUUCGUUAAUUGUGUGUAACGGUCAUUAAUAUUGAAAUAUAUUUCAAUUAAUGUUUGCUGGGCUGUUAACUGUUAAUUAUCAAUCACUGAUUAACUCGUGUGAACUGUCCCUAAUAUAAUUACAACUUAUAAUUCAGCAUCGUAAUGAAGUUUAAUGUUAAUGUAACGGCAAAUCUCAAAUUACGUGAGUAUGUGGUCCUAAUAAAGAUGCGGUUAAAUAUCCGUCGAUCGCCGGCAACAUGUGUCGACCUUUAGUAUUGAAUUUCCAAAUUUUAUUAUACAUAUCAUUUCUUAUUUUAAAAAAAAAUUAAUGCAUUAAACUGUUGUUAUAUAUGAAAUAUUCAGGUUAAUAAUUAUUUACUAAUAUACAGGUAUAUGUAAAAUUAUCCUAUUAUUUAUUUUUUAAUUUUUUUCAUGUUAAAUUGUGUAUCAGUCUUUUGAUUAUUGAAUUGAUGUUGUAUUUGUUUUUGAGGAAUAAAAAGUGAUUUUAUCAAG